AUGUUUAACAGUGAUCAGUGUAUCGAGUUCCUGAAAAGUUGCUGCCAGCGAACAUACAGCAGCAUCCAGGUGUUCAAGAUGAGUCUGCCCUUCUCCAAGGUGAUGCAGGCACUGGUGGCCAAGACGGCCCCAGAACCAAUCUACUCCUAUAAGGUGAGUCCGGUGGUGAAAGCUGGUUCGUGGGCUUUGUCGCUGGUGUUCUUCACCUACGGUGCUACAUAUGCCAACUGGUCCUAUGAGUCGUCGCAGACCGUUUACAAAGAGGCUGAUGACGCCACGAAGAACGAUUGGAAGUUCCUGGUCAAGAGUUUCGCACCUAUGGGUCUAACGGUAAUCCCACUGUCGCUGGCCGUCGCUGCAGUAUACGUCCCAUCGAGAAUCGUCACUAAGGCAACGUAUGUACCGAGGAGGAACGGCACCCCAGAGUGCGAACUGGUCCGCCGUUCUGCCAUCCUGGGCAGGGAGGUCAGCGUGGUCAGACCCUUGACGCAAUUGACUAGAAACGGCAAGACUCGUGUGUUCACGGGCGUCGGCAAUCAAGGCGUCGAGGACAAGGGUUCUUUCGUGUUCUUCCUGUCGGACCGCAGUGGCCUGGCCAGAAGAUGGUUCAAUAAGGUGUACAUAUUUCCCAGAUCCGGCAGGUUUUGGGCCUCAGACGGCCGUAUAUUCGAUGCUCUAUUUGGCGGAGAUUCGAUACGUGAUCUUGAACUGAAGACUAAGGACUACAAGAAUGGGCUGGAUUCGAAAAUUCUACAGGAUGUUAAACAGGAUAGAAGCAUGUUGGAUGAGUUGAUUCAGCAGAACUCGUCCAGAGCGAAAUUUCACUCCGGGUCCAAGACUUCCGAUCUAUCUAAGAGAAUCGUUGGCUCAUCAUCUUCACAGAAGGCCAAAGGAUCUCAGUAA